UCCACUUGAAGAUGGAGUUAAUUUUAUGAGACACCAUUGUUUGCAGUCGGAAUCCUUCAACCUCGGAGUGCACAUCGAUAGCAGGAGAUCAUAGGAAAGGGAAUGAAACGAAAGCAAAGGAACCCUUCAGAAGCCGGCAUGUACUGUCGCCCUUCUCUUGACACAUGGCCGACGCAAUCUACCGUAAUGUGUUUUUUGAUGCACGAUUGUGGCCGGCAAAUCACUUUCUAUAGUCAUUCAAUGAUAUAUAAUUUCCUCUUCCGUCGAUAAUUAUAAGUAAUUGUCUGACGUGACUAUUUGGAACAAAUCUCCUCACGUUUCUCGAUUCCUUCGUCUUUGCUCCUCUCUUCCUCCGGCCAUCCUCUCCGUUCCUCAAGUUGAAACGACGAUGGAGAAGCACACACUGCGGAGGACCAAAUCCCGAGAGUUGAGCAGCUCCCCUUCCCGCCUCUCCUCCUUAUCCUCGUCUUCUUCCCUCAAACGCAGCUCCGGAGACUCUUCCACCUCCUCCUUGGCCUCUGUCGUCCUCUGGCCUUCUGCGUCUGCUGCCACCGAAAAGUCCCUCUGCCUCGCGGACCACCUCAGUGACGACCGUCUCAGGGAUCUCUCUGCUGAACCCAAGAAGAACGGAGGGAGGCGAUUCCUUCACCCCAUGGCCGCUGGCAACGCCUCUCCCCAGUCAACGAUCCUCGGACGCCAGAGGAGCUACUCCCAGUACUCCAGUCGAUUCAAACAAGAGGAGAAGGACGAGAUGAAGAAGAUGCGACAUAAUCUGAAAGUGAGCAGUCGACCCAUCCUUGGCGGCUCCAUGCGGUACAUCGGCGAGGUCAUCCGCUUUCCUCCCUCGCCCACACCCGCCUCCUCCCUCCCGUCGUCUGUCCUCAACUCACGCUCUGGCAUCCUCCACGGCAAGCCCCGCCUCGAGAGCGUUAAUCUUCCCAAUCACGACGAAUUGCGAAGACCAGUCCGUUCGUCGAGCUCGUGGUCGCCAUCGCCAGCUAAGCGGUCGGUGUCGCCGCUGGUGGUGGAGGCUCCGGUGGCGAGUGCGGAGAAGGGCAAGAGCCGCUCUUUUACGAGCUCGGGUUUGGAUUUGCUACGACGAAAGUGGCAGGGGAGUCCGUCUGAUACCACGAAGUUGAAGAAGGGUAUGGUGGCUCACCAACUCCAACUAACGUGGAACCGUUUGAUUCAGUGGAGGUGGGUGAACGCUGGGUCGGAUGAGGUGGGUCUGAUCAAAAGGACCCACGCAGAGGUUAAAGUAUUCGGUGCAUGGGUCGGACUAUCCAAUUUGCGAGCAAGGGUGGCUAGAAAAAGAAUGCAGCUGGAAAAGGAUCAGUUGCACUUGAAGUUGAUGCCAUUGCUCUCUUCUCAGUUGAAGAUACUGGAAGACUUUAGUGAGAUGGAGCGGCAGCACACCUCUGCUCUUUCUGCCAUUAAUGACUGCUUACAGGCAUCUGUGUGUAGGUUGCCUUUAGCUGAUGGAGCAAAGGUGCUUUUGUGUUUGUGCUUUGUUGUGCCAAUUACGUACGUACGAUUUAGCAUCUAAUUUUGCAGGUUGAUCUGCAACUGUUAGUAUCAGCUCUAACACAUGCAACGGACUUCGCUUUGAUGACGAGGACGACAAUA